UGCUAGCUAUAAAUAAUAACAGAACCCAAUUGUUUAGCAAGUCUCCAAUAAAUUAAUACUCUAUUUCUUAUCCCAUCAAACAAUUUGAACCUUUCAAGUGUAUUGGAACUCACUAAACAAAGUGAUGGAAGCAGAAGAUGGUCUAGCUGAGUGUUCAAAGAAGAAGUGUGAAGAUGGUAAAAGGUUUAGUGAUGAACAAGUGAAGGCACUUGAAUCCAUGUUUAAACAAAAGACAAAGCUUGAACCAAGCAAGAAGCUUGAGCUUGCAAGAGAUCUUGGGCUGCAAACUCGUCAAGUUGCUAUUUGGUUUCAGAACAGAAGGGCCAGAUGGAAAACAAAGCAACUCGAACACGAACACGAAUACAGACUACUGAAAGCUGAAUUUGACAAUUUAGCUGUGCAAUUUGACUCAUUGAAGAAAGAAAAGGAAUCGUUGCUCAAGCAGUUAAAGGAACUAAAUGAUCAUCUGGAAAGCAACCAUGCUGAUUGCAACAGAAGGCAAGAUUCAAUAGGCAGUGAAGUCUAUACAAGCUCAGAAAAUGUAGGAACAGAACUAGAUUUGAAGGACAAUAUCCCAGGUUGCUUAAAUGAGAGUUUAGAUCAUGAGAGGAUUAAGGGAGCGGAUAGUGACAGAGAAGGAACAUUCAUCGAAUACUUUAGGUGCAAAGAAGUAGCAGAGUUUUGGAACAUGGAGGAAUUAGGAGACAGUUCCUUAGGAUCACCUGAGCACUGGUAUGCGGUAGGUCAAGGUGGUUCCUUCGAACCGUCAUGUGCCAAUUCCAAGUGGUGGGAAUUUUGAACACGACAAAUACACCAAAACUUUCAAAGGAGUCAAUUAUGACAGAAACUUGAUCAAUAAAACAGUUUCUUUUUUUUUUUCCACACUGAUAGAGAACCAAGGUUGCGCAGAAAUAGAAGGAAGACGCUUCCCCCACAGUUGCUUUUAUCCAUUGUGCCGAGAGUCUGCAAAGAGCUUGCCAAAAUGAUUUGCAGUAGAACUAGUAGCAUGAACAGUCGAGGUUUUACAUGUGAUUCAGGAGCAUAACAAGAGAAACACUUGCCUUUUUCCGAAAUAUUGCAGUGAUGUUCUUUUUCUUUUGGGAUUGACAGCUCGUAAUGUAUUUCACAAGAAAAAAUUGUUUAUAGGGCUUUUCUGUAUGAUAAACAGUUAAUUAAAAAUGGAUAUAUCGUUCCUCAAAUUGCCCGCCAAUCUGCAGUAUGAAAGCUGAAAUUCCAAGAAUGGAAGUCUAAAGAAUCAUGGAAAUCAAAGACCAACGCCUAUCACUGCUGAAACAAAAUUGCAUAUACCUUUUACUCACAUGAAGUCGUACAACCAAGUCAAAAAAGUUAAA